AUGGUCACGCACGUAGCGGUGCUCGACGAUUAUCACGGUCUUGCGUCUUCGCAUUUUGCCAGGCUGGACCCUCCACAAUAUGCCAUCCAGUAUUUUCCAGCAACAUUGCGACCGUACAACCACCCGGACACAACGCAGGCUGAGAAAGAUGAACUGGUUCAAAGACUGGAGCCAUUCCAAGUUCUCGCAACCAUGAGAGAGAGAACCCCAUUCCCCAAAGAAUUGAUUGACCGUCUUCCUCGACUCAAACUGAUUCUCAAUGGCGGUCGUCACAAUAAGGCGAUUGACAUGGAUGCUUGCCGGUCACGAAACAUUCUAGUCACAGGGAACGAUGCCAAGAUGGCUACUGUUUCUACCCUGGAACACAUAAUCACAUUGAUUCUCGCUGCUUGCCGCGAUAUUGCGGCUAACGACACGGCUGUAAAGACAGGAAAAUGGCAGACAAGCCUCGUUACUGGCGUUACAGGCAAAACCCUUGGCGUCGCCGGCCUUGGACGGCUAGGCAGCUCUGUUGCUCGAGUCAUGAAUAUAGCCUUUGGCAUGAAGAUUAUCUGCUGGAGCUCCAAUCUGACCCAGAGUACUGCUGAUGAACAAGCCAAGGCCCAGGGAUUACCCGUCAAUGGCCCAGACGGCGAGAAAACGUUUAAGUCUGUGAGUCGAGAAGAGCUAUUCUCGUCUUCUGAUAUAGUGAGUGUGCAUCUGCUUUUGUCAGACCGCACACGCGGCUUGAUCACAUCGGAGGACCUGUCGAGAAUGAAAUCUUCGGCAUUCUUCAUAAACACCUCCCGUGGACCUUUGGUCGUUGAAAAUGAUUUGCUGGAGAUCCUCAAAGCAGGAAGAAUCCGAGGAACUGCGUUGGACGUGUUCAACAUAGAGCCUUUGCCGGCGAACAGUGAGUGGCGAGAUACGACUUGGGGCACCAGCGGAAAGAGUCGUGUGAUUCUGACACCGCACAUCGCAUACGUGGAAGAGCAAGUCAUGAAUGAAUUUUAUGAGCAUCAGGUCAUGGAGUUAGAUAGAUGGUCGAAGGGAGAGCCACUGAGUAAUAUUAUUAGUUAG